AUCUUUACACUUGAGAUUUUGAAUCAGUCUCAGUAAUCAUGGCAUUGAAGAUGCUGGCCAGAACCAGUAAAUCUAUGAAGGCCAUUUUCCACCCUCCCAUUCUUGGCCAUUCAUGGGAAACUUUCCUUGGCUGUCCUGCCACUUCAUUGAGGGGUACCCAUCUGUAUCACAAAAUUCCUCCACCAGCCAAGUAUGGUGGACGGCACACAGUGACCUUGAUUCCUGGAGAUGACAUAGGGCCUGAGCUUAUGGUGCAUGUCAAGACUGUGUUCCAGUGCGCAUGUGUGCCUGUGGACUUUGAGGAGGUGCGGGUGACCACCACGUCCACUGAAGCGGAAAUUCACAAUGCCAUUAUGGCGGUCCAACGGAACUCUGUGGCUCUAAAGGGCAGCAUUAAAACUGACCACACCAAGCCACCUUCUCACAAAUCCUAUAACAACAUGUUGCGCACCACCCUGGAUCUCUAUGCCAGUGUUACCCACUUUAAGAACCUGCCAAAUGUGGACACUCGCCACCAGGACAUAGACAUCGUGGUUGUUCGGGAGAACACGGAGGGUGAGUACAGCAAUCUAGAGCACGAAAGCGUGAAAGGAGUGAUAGAGAGCCUGAAGAUCAUUACAAGGGCUAAGUCUUUGCGCAUUGCCGAAUAUGCUUUCCAGUUGGCCCAGAAAAUGGGACGUAAAAAAGUGACAGCUGUGCACAAGGCCAAUAUCAUGAAACUAGGCGAUGGACUCUUUCUCCAGUGCUGUCGCGAGGUGGCAUCCCGCUAUCCUCAGAUCACCCUGGAGAGCAUGAUCGUGGACAAUGCUACGAUGCAGCUGGUGUCCUGGCCGCAGCAGUUUGAUGUCAUGUUGAUGCCCAAUCUUUACGGCAACAUCGUCACCAGUAUCUGCACAGGGUUGGUUGGGGGCUCGGGCCUCGUACCUGCAGCCAACUAUGGCUGCUUAUAUGCGGUGUUUGAGACAGCCUCAAGGCAAUUAAACAGGAAUCCUAUGGAAAGGAACAUUGCCAAUCCUAUUGCCAUGCUGCUAGCGAGUUGCAUUAUGCUAGAUUACCUCAAACUGCACUCCUAUGCCACCAUGAUCCGUAAUGCAGUCUUGGCAUCCUUAGGUAAUAAAAAUAUUCAAACGCCAGACAUUGGAGGCCAAGGUACCACGGUAGAAAUAAUUCAGUAUAUUAUGGAUCACAUCCAAAAUGCCAGUUAAAUGAUCAGCACCUCAGAAGCCACUAAUACCCUAAGUUCUUUGUGUCCUGUUCAUUCCCUGCCCAUCCUCAAAAAGC